CGUCGGGCGCGAUGGAAGGGGCAGGCAUCGGCUCAGUGAACGCCAAACGUUCGAGCGGCUACGACGCGGCGCGCCGAGACCACAGUUCGAGUGACGCGACGCCGAAAACAUUCCCGCGACGCGCUAACGGCCGACGCAGGCGGCGCGGCGGCGAGGUGAGAACGCAGGGCUCCGAGACGCGAUAAUCUUACCCGCGCUCGCUUCUCGCGCGGCGACGGUCACGUCGGAGCGUGGAUCGCGCGCGCGCGCAUGUGUGCGUGUGUGUGUAUGUGCGUCGGUCAGCCGCGUGCUUCUCUGUCCGCCGCGCUCCGCUCUCGCCAGGUCCUUCGGCCGGAGCGCUCGGGCAUCCUCGGCCGACGCGGCCGAGCGGCGAGAGUGUUCACAUGUGUAUACGUAUAUGUAUGUAUCUAUAUAUGUGUGUACGUGCGUGACCGCACGUAGCCCGGCGGUGUAAUCGGCGAGGAGUGUGUGCGCGCGCGCGCGCGAGUGUGCGUGCGUGCGUGUAUGUGUGUGUACGUGCCGGAGGAGUGUCGUCGUAUAUCCGUCCGUUUCCUCUUCACCGUUCUUUUUUUUUCUCUCUCUUCGUUCUCUCUUCUUACGCGCGAAUGAAGUGAGCGAGUGUGCCUGUUCCUUCCCCUCGCCGGCCAAUGUGGAUACGUAAAUAAUAAAGUGCGCUCCGGCUUUUGCCGCCUUCGUACGGCUCCCCUUCUCUUUCACCUAUACGUGCCUCUUCGUCGCUCCUACCCCCGGCGUGUACGCCGGCACGGGAGGGACACGUCGGAUUACCACACCGCCGUGGGACAAAGGAUACACACGCCAGGCGCGUGCAUGUGUGCGCGCACGGUGCAGGCGGCGUCGGGACUCAACGGUGGCGGCGGCGCGGGUGCCCCCGCAGGAUUAUUUAUCGACCUGCACACGAGAUCGGAAGCACGUCGAUCAGCCGAGGCGCGGUUCCGUCGGGAAAUCGAAGGGAAGAACCGCCACGUUAGGCUGACGCCGACUGGGAGGAUCGUUUCGGGGGACAUGGCUUAACUCGCGACAAGUGGGAGACAGGUGGAGGAGCCACCAUCCUCGGGUCUCAGGAUUCCGAGAGCGCGGAUGGUCGUCGAGAUUUCCUUCGACGUUGGAAGUAAUCACGAGUGGUGUCGGGUGGUGUGUUGGUGAUCAAAGAGGGGGGGUUUCAGUGGCUGUGAUCGUGGUGUUGUGUCGGGGAUCAGUGUGUUGUCGUCGGUGAAGAGUGGUGAGAGGUAUAUCGGGUUGCGGCUACGUCCCUGCUACGGGAGUAAGAAUUAACGAGAAGGAGCAAGUGUGGUGAGGAGAAAUCAAGGUGGAUAAGGUAUACACACGAUAAAAGAGGUGGAAGGCGCGGGAGAGGCGAAGAGAGAGAGAGAUACGGCCGGAUAUAUCGCGAAUUACGUCGAGCGAGAGUAGAAGCGAGAGAGUGAGUGAUGUGUUCGAUGGACGAGGCGCGUCUCGCGGGCGGUGGUCGGGGUAAUGAUAACGCGUGCAUUCACGCGCGCUACCACUACUAUUACUUGGUAUCCAAAGUGAGAAACGGCGGGCAGUCGGUGACCAGGCUGGCGGGCGCCGGGGAAACGUUUCCAAGGGCAUGGCGACCACGCCACUAGGCGGUCGCCUCCCUAACGUAAACCGUAAAGGACCAUCUCCGUGUAUCGGUGGUGGUGGUAUUAGUAGUAGUAAUAGUAAUAGUAACAACAGUGGUAACGGUAGCAACGGCAGUACCAGCAACGGUAACAGCGGUAACAACAACAACAACAACAACAACAACGGCUUAAGUAACAGCAACGCGAGCGGCAGUCAGUCGAGGAGGCAAGAGAGAGCAUUGGUCGGCAGGGAGCAUCGUGAUCAUCGUCAUCAUCACCAUCACCAUCACCAUCACCAUCAUCACCAUCAUCAUCACCAUCAGGGUCGGGAUAAGUCGUCGUCGUCGUCGUCGUCGUCGUCGUCGUCGAGCCAGCAGCGUGAGUUAAAUAAAGCAAGCACAGUGGCUGCUAACGCCGGUGAACUGGAUCCGGCCGCGACGAAUGCGACCAAUAACUUUGAGUACGACGACAACGAAUGGGACAUUGGCAUAGGUGACCUGAUAAUCGAUCUUGAUGCGGACAUUGAGAAGACGAGGGACGAGAAAUUGAGCUCGGGGACAGGCAUGGCUUCUACGCCUGCCUCGGCAGCAUCGGCACCGAAUAACGCGAAUCAUCAUCAGUUGCAGAACUCAGCGAGUGGUCUCAACUCCAACUCCUCGUCCUCGUCCGUCCCGUCGACUGGUACGAACUCCAAUAGUCAAUCUUCGUCGUCCUCGUCAUCGUCGUUGUCGUCGUCCUCCUCAUCAUCCUCAUCGUCAUCGUCCUCCUCUUCCUGCGGCGUGAAUUCGUCGUCGGCGCGCUCCAACAGCCCCGGGAGCGGCAGCGGCGGCGGCGCCAACGGCACCGGCAGCGCGAACGGCGCCGGUAACACGAACGGCACUGCAUCUGUGGUCACCGGUCCCGGUAACAAGCAAGCGUCGGGCGUCAACGUCAGUGGCGUCAACGCCGUCCACGGUAACGCCGGAAAUCCCGGCAAGAUGGCCGUUGAACACUCGGCCACCGUCGACAAGGGCCUCAAGAUGAAGAUCAAGCGGACGAAGCCCGGUACGAAGACCAGCGAAGCCAAACACGAGAUCGUCAAGUCGAACGAGAUCAACGGUACCGCCUCGUCGCAGGAUUCGAAUAACGGCACCGCUGCGUCCUCGACGUCUUCGUCCUCGGCUGUCGGCUCGACGUCCGCGUCGGUCGCGGUCGCGCAGAACUCACAGAACUCGGAAUGCGGCGCGGCCGUCGGCGGGCAGUCGUCCUCGUCGAACAAGUCCAAGCCGAGCCAUUCGCCGGCGUCGGCUGGCGGCACCGGUGCCGCACCCUCGUCCACCGCCGGCUCCAAACGCGGCUCGAGCGGUCAUCGGCGCGACAAAGCGCGGGACAAGCACGAGAAGCCGCAGAGCAAUCACACACCCCAGCAGACCAAGCCGGAGAUGAACGGUACCGCGCGACCGGCGCCGCAGAGCCAAAACUCGGCCGGUGGCGCGACGCAGUCUCAGGGCCCGACGCCGGCCGCCACGGCGCCGCAACAGACCCAGGGACCACCGCCCAGCUCGAGGACAGGUUUCUCCGUGUCACAGGGCCCCGGGCCACCCGCGACCAGCGCGGCGGCACCCUGUCCGCCGCCGAGUCCGGCGAGCGCCACGGCGGCCGGCGCGCCGGCCAAACCGGAACAGACCAAGGUCGCCGCGGUGCCGGGUCCGCCGCUCACGACUCCCGCCGAGGAAGCAAUGGACACUGCCGCUAGUCCUCCACCUGCGAAAAAGAUGAAGACGGAGCCGAAGCCGACGCGAUCACGCGAGUGUGGCAAGACGAAGGAAGAUAAUAACAAAAGCUAUUUCUCGUUGGGAUGGAGACAGGCAUUUGGAGGUACAUUGUACCUCGUGCUACUUUAG